AUGAUCCCUUCUGAGGCUGCAAGAGAGUUCCAGCUGAAAGAGCGCAAAUACAAAGAGCACCUCAGGAGAUGUUUGUCAUCUUCUCUGGCUACAGACCUGAGUAGGUUGUUGGAGGAGGAACUGGAGGCAGAUGUUUCCCUGUAUGCAGACUGUGGUUCAGCCCGAGCACACAGAGCCAUGCUAUUGGCCCGAGCUCCACAUGUCCUGCAAGGACAGAAUCACAAAGAUCCCAUUAUUGUCCAUCUGCCAGGCUAUGAGCUCCCUGCCCUGAAAGAUUUUCUUAUGCAGGUGUACACAGCAGACCAAAGUAUGCGAACAACUGAACGGGUCUCAGAUUAUCCUCCACAGCCAGCAGACCUUCAAAGUCCCACAGACUCAGGCACUGGUAUUCUUGAACCAGCCUCUGGGCUUGGAGCUGACUUGCUGGAUCUUUACGAAAGAGGAGAGCAGUGUGACAUCACCAUUCAAGUAGCAGAGCAGGUCUUUUCCUGCCACAGGGCAAUCCUGUGUGCGCGGUCUCAGUACUUCCGAGCUAUGCUCAGUGGAAGUUGGAUGGAGAGCUCUAGACAGUGCAUCACUCUGCAAGGCUUAGGACCAGAUGAGAUGGACAUUUUGCUCCAGUUCAUGUAUGGAGCCAUUGUCGAUUUGCCUAGAGGAGCCAGUGCCAGUCAAGUGGUGUUGGCUGCUGACAUGUUGGGUUUAGAGGGGCUGAAAGAUGUUGUGGAGAUGGUUCUUACUCGAGACUACUGCCGCUUCUUUCCUAAGCCACUUGAUGGGGUUCAGAGAACAGUUCUCGAGUGCCUAUCUCUCACACAGGUCUUAGGCCUCCAAAACCUCCACAUGCAGUGCAUGAGAUGGGUUGCAGAACACUAUGUAAAAGCCUGGUGUGAGAGGAACUUCUCCCUCUUGUCCCCUGAGCUCCAGAGAGCCUGUUUAACCGCUAUAACUGAGACAAUGGCUGUGCAGAACGCAGUAACUGUGUUCUGUGGCACUGAGCAGCUGAUUGGCAGCCUUCCUGAAGUCAAGUGGGCCCAGCAGGUGAGGAGCCUGGCCACAGAGCUACAGGAGGAAAGCCUGUGUGUUAUUGUUCAAAACCUACAAAAAGUAAUCCAUACCCAGGCCUUCCAGGACCUUUGCCGGAGGGAAGAGUUUACCAGAGAACCAGCAUUGUUGAAGAAGCUGUGUUCCUCUGUCAGGGAAGGUGUGACUGUGGAUAACUGUUGUGAUCUUUUUACUGCUGUGAACUGCCUGUGUGGGGAUGACCUAGAGGAGGAUUUUCACAUGGAGCCACAAAAACAAGAGGAGCGCCAGCCGUUCAGGCAAGAGAUUUGUACGCUACGAGGGCGGCUCUGGACAUUCCUUCUUCAGACCUUUUAUGCAGUUCGUCACACACAAGGAUGGAAAACACUGUCUUCAAAACACAGAGAGAGGAUACUUGCAGAUGCGAUUGAUAAAGGAGACAAUCGAAGACUUGGUAAAAAACCUGUAUUCAGUAGCUCACAGUCAAAGACUGUAAAAUGCUCUACAUCCCUGUCUAAGAGUCCUCCUGUGCCCAGGAUUCAGAGGGUGUCUCAAAACAGAAAUUCCCCCUCUCAAAGUGCUACAUCAGUCAUGAAAUCCGAUGGAGUUGGUACAGCUAAUAAACCAAGAGAUGGGCCCUCCUCCAAAGUAAAGACAGUGAGGAAACCAGGAGACAAGGCUGUGGCAACCAAAUCUAGGACAUCAGCUGGCUCACCAGUCGUUAAUGGAACGGAAACUUCAGCAGCAAAACAGGAUGUUACCAGUGCCAUUGGGCCCAGAAGCUUACAUGGGGCUAGAGAGCAAGAAAAGAAGCCAAAUCCAGGUGCAAGACCCAAAACCUCUUCCCCAGGCUACACGCCCGUAAAUCAGGAAACGAUAACAAAGGCUCAGAAAAGCUCAGCAGUUAAGGCUGAUGCUUCUGCUGGUACCACCCAAGCCCACCCCAGUGCUUCAUCCACAUCAGGGAGCGCAUCCCCAGAAAAUGGUGUCAGCAGUCUACACAACGUCAGCCACUUCCUUCCAGGUGCAAAACCCAAAAACCAGACCAAGGGGGUUAACAAAUCCCCUUUGACGAAACAAUCUCAACGAUCUGAGACAAAGAUCAGCAGUCCAACCAAUAAGUCAAGUGUGAGAGAUACUGUUAAAGCCAAGACUGGUGCAGCAGAGAAGCCAAGAGGAGUGAUUGCUACAAAAGCAGAGACCAAAGAACGGAAAACACAGGAUCACCAUGUUUCCAAAUCUGGAGCCUCGACGAAAAAGCUGGGUUCUCCAAGGAAAGCUGACUGCAAGGAUGGAACAAAGUCCUCAGGAGCUGACAAAGACAUUGACACUUCUAAAAAGAAGAUCACAAAACCUGUUUCAAUGAAUGGGGUCCCAGCUAAAUCCAAUGCUAAACCUGUAAAAAUCAUCUCCGCCCCCAUUAAGCCAUCUUCUGUUGGAGAUGCCAAGUCUGGACUAAAGCUAAGAAGUGAUACAGAAUCAUCAAAUGAAAAAUCACUACCAAAAACCUCUAAAUCCUCCACUGCUACUGCAUCCAAAAAAUCAGAAGUUAAAGGAGAGACUGUGAAUAGUAAAAAAUCAGACAGCAAAAUUGAGCAAGCUGAAAAUUCUUUAGAUUCUGUGGAGCAAAAAGACACUGCAGAGCUGGUGCCCUCGAAGCAACCGGCGGCAAACGGUUCACGACAAAUAAAUAAGGGCAGAAAAGAUUCUCCCAAUUCAAAACCAAGCCCUCAUCAGACUAUUAGGACCACUGAAACACAAUCCGGAAACUGUGAUGGCGCAGAACAUGAGACUAAUGUUACACCAGCUGCUAACAACAUUCUCCAUGUCAGAUUUGCGGAAACAGACAAUUGCAAAGAGCCAGAUUGGAGUAAAGCGAAGCAGUCUGAAAGAGGUGUAAUCCCAGCUCACAUCAGUAUAGGACAAGCUCAUGAUAUUGGUGCGCUAAAUUCCCAAAGAGACACAGAACAACCUGUAGAAACCCCCUGCAGCGUGGAUAGCACUGACAUUCCGUUAGAGGACUCAUGGAGUGGAAUCCACUUCCAAGUCAGUCCAGAAUCUGAAACUGUCAGCACACACACAACGUCCUCUGAUGAUAUAAAGCCUCGCUCAGAGGACUACGAUGCAGGUGGCUCACAAGAUGAUGACUGCUCCAAUGACAGAGGUGUAUCCAAGUGCGGCACCAUGCGCUGUCAUGACUUCCUGGGUCGAAGCAGCAGUGACACCAGCACCCCAGAAGAACUGAAGAUGUAUGAAGGGGGAGCCGGGUUGAGAGUGGAGGUUCAUUUGCGUGGCAAAGAGGCCGAGACCACCAGUGAGGAGGAGGGAGUGAGACAGUGUCCUCAGUCGUGGUUGCAAAGGGAUGAGGUUGCAGCAAUUGCCACGACAACUGUAAGUGUCCCGGAUCACCAGCCCUUCUCUUCUGAAGAGGAGGAUGAUGAUGAAGAGGAGACUGGAGAUGAUAGAUCAGAAGUUGAAGUGAUUCCAGGUCAGGCCCCUUUACUUCAAACAGAACAAUCGCCACAAUUUCAGGGGAUUGUCAACCUUGCUUUUGAUGACGACUGCGUGGACCAAGAGAAUGAGCAGCCUGAUUUCCAGUCCACUUCCAACUUCCAUCGAUCAGUGUUGCUCUCUGUGGACGAGUGCGAGGAGCUGGGCUCAGAAGAAGGUGGUGUCCAAACUCCACCGCAGCACCAAGAUGAAGCUUUGACCCCUUGUGAUGUUUUUGAAACUGAUUCGACAGCCCCUGAGUUCAGUCACACCCCAACUGGUGACCAACAAAACCACCCGCAUGUCAAUCUAAAUCCAACUAUGAAGCAAGAAAACAAUGAGCAGAAAUCUGUAGAUAAAUCUGUAUUUCUCACAGAGGUCCAGGAUCCUAUGCAGGAAAGCAGUCAUAUCCAAGUAGAUGAAGUGAAGUCAAGCUGUGCUGUUCUAAGUUCUGACACCAAAGACCCUCCUCCCCAGGAGCGCCCGUGCCACCUGGAUCUGUGGCAUACCGAACAGCACAAUGAUGGAAUGAGCAAAAAUCUCAAUCCCAACCCUACAGACAGCAAGAAAGCUGAUUUACAUCUCGACUUAAAUGAGCAUCAGCUGACAGGGGUCUCCCCUGUUCAUGUCGCACAAUCUACAGCAGGGGACUAUGGUUGUGACAGAUUGGAUCAAACCUGCAAACAUGAUCGCCGACCAUCCAAAGCCCUCUCUCCGAUUUACGAGACGGAUGUAGGAGAAGCGUUCGAGCACUGCUCAGAUAAGGACAGGAAUGUUGAACAACAGGUGGAGGACGAAAAGCAAAGAAGGGACGGAGACAAGAGUAGUGAGUUUGCAGAGCAGGACUGGAGUCUGCUAAGGCAACUUCUCUCAGACCAUGAGUCAAAUCUUGAUGUCAUAAACCCUGUGCCAGAGGAGCUCAACUUGGCCCAGUACCUCAUCAAGCAGACACUGUCCCUAUCACGUGACUACCUGAACUUUCAAGCUCUCUUGUCCCCAGAGAAAGAGACCAAACGCUGGGCAGAGCUCAUAUCACCCAUGGAGGACUCCUCAACGAGCAUCACAGUAACCAGCUUCUCUCCAGAAGAUGCUGCAUCUCCCCAGGGGGAGUGGACCAUCGUUGAACUGGAAACGCAUCACUGA